AUGAAUUUAAGAAGAAUUGAUUUAUUUUCCUCUAAAUUUAACUUUAAUGCUGAUGGAAAUUUCAUUCAGAAAGGUACUUAUUUAGGGUCAUUCUAUACUAUAAUUGUAGUUUCUUUGAUUUUAUCUUAUCUAUUUUACAUAUGUGAACAGUAUGCUAAUAACCAAAUUGAACCUGUUUAUAGAUCUCAAAAUAUAAUAAAUAAUUCUACAUAAAAAAUAGACUUAGAAUAAAAUAUCUUUGCAUAUAAAAUUACCAACCGCUUAUUAGAUUCAUAAACAUACCCAGAAUAUGUGUAAUUCUAAGUCUAUGGAAUAUUCUCUAAUGGUACUUCUAUUCUUUAGGUUCGUCUUUCUUCACAGUAAUGCUCUGAUAAUAAUAUAUAAGAUUAUGCAUGUAUAAACUCUUAGUAUAUAGAUGAAAGUAUAUUAUGGGGUAUUGAAGCAUUUAAUUACAUAUUAUCUGAAAUAAACAUUUAAGUAGUAAGCUGCAAUGAUGAUUUUGCUUCAAAUAAUCAUUAAAAUUGUGCAGAUUAAAAAGAUGUUGAUGAUUUUAUGAAUGAUGCUUAUAUUUAACUAAAACUACAAGUUAAAUAAUUUAAUAUACAGUCUAGAUCAAUGGAGUCUACAUUUCAGACAGUAACAAUAUACACUUCUUCAGAUUAAUAUAAAACAACGAAUAUUGAUUUAUAAAACUAGUAAAUUUAAGUAAAAUAGGGUUUAUUCAUUUAAAAUAAAUAAAUUUAUAAUGCUCCUGGUAAAUUUUAGGUUGGUAAUCAAAACCUAAAUAGAUAGUUUGUCAUUUAAAACUUUGGUUCCUCUCCUUAUAGCUUUAUUGUAAUAAAAGUUGAUUAAAUAACUUAAUAAAUCUCAAUUCAGUUCCCAACUAUUCCUUAAAUAUUAGCCUUAGUGAAUAGUGUUGCUAACAUUUUAAUGUUUUUUGGGAUAUUUUUGAGGUAUCUUUCUCAGCUAGAUUUAAAAAAAGAUUUUUUUAUGAUAAUUUUGUAAAAUAUUUAUCAAAGCACAUAUUAAGAUAUUCUGAAAAUCAAUCAAUUAUGUGAACCAAUUGAAAAAUUAAAUGAAGACUAGCAAAAUAGAAUAUAAGAAAAUAUUUUUAAAGGACUAAUAGAUAAAACUUAAUCUUAAAAAUAUGAAAAACAAAAUAUUAAAAAAGAGUGUUUUGAUAAAGAAAAUUAGGAAACAGAACAAGCAAAUAAAGAUGAUUCUAUAUUUAUAGAAAUAGUAGACGUCAAAAAUAAAAUAAAAAAAAUGAGUUUAAAGAAUCAUGGUAAAAAUGAAGAAUCUUAGCUGUCAUAAGAAUGCUAAUAAAGCCAUUACAUAGGACCCAAAUUGAGUUAUUCUAUCAAUAUGCAAGAAAAUUAAAUAUCUUCUCAUGUCUUAAACAUUUCUAAAUAAAAUCAAAAAUAAUUAAACGUUACGGCUGCUGAAAUUGAGUCAUAAAAAAAAAAUUUGUAAGAGUUAAUCUAGGCUGAUUAAUAAACUUUUGUUAAAUUUGAGUACAUUUCAAAAAUUAAUUAAAGUUAAGAAACAUAAAUUGAAAAGUUAAAAAUGGGUAAAGAUAAAACACUAGCUUCUAAGAUAAAAAAAAUUAUUUUUAAUUUUAUGGUAUUCAAUAAGAAGAAAUAUUUGAGUUCUAAAGGUUUAUUGCCUUAACAUUAAAAGAAAAUAUAUAAACAAAUAGACUAAGAUUUGAACAUAUCCCAAUUCUAUUAGGAAAUAAUUUUUUUAAAAAAAGCGAUAAUGAUUCUUCUAACUUAAGAUUAGUUAGCCUCUAUUUAACUAAUUGGAUGCUCCUAGAACUUCUUAAAUUUAAAUAUAGACCAAUCAGAUGCAUAGUCUAUUUUAGAAUCCAGCCAAGGUCUAAAUUAUUAUGAACGCUAACUUGCAAUUACAUAAUCUUAAAAUUUGUAAGGUUAAUAUGUAUAAUAAUUCUUAAAGAGGUGCUCAUCUCAUGAUAAAAGUGAAAAUAUAAAUGAAGUAGAUAAAAGAAUACUCGAGUCUAUCAGCAAAUGUUAUUUAAAUUGA